AUGGAGGCGGAUGGUCAGUCAUCGAGGCGACGUGGCAAUAGCCAACGUCGUAAGUUUAUUCGACGUGAUCAUGUUCAGGGACACGAGCGUCUAUUUCGUGAUUACUUUGCUGAAAAUCCAGUAUAUCCCUCGAAUCUAUUUCGAAGGAGAUUUCGGAUGAGUCGUCCCCUAUUUCUUCGUAUUCUAAAUGAAGUAGAGUCUUACGACCCGUACUUCGUCCAGAGAAGAGAUAAUGCCGGCCGACUCGGUUUAUCUUGUAUGCAAAAAAUCACCGCAGCACUUAGAAUGCUGGCGUAUGGGGUUACUGGAGAUUUUAUGGAUGAAUACAUACGUAUUGGUAAAAGCACCGCAAUGGAGAGCCUAAAAAAAUUUUCUGAGACAUUGGUGAACAACGAGGAUUCCCAGGAAUGCUGGGAAGCAUUGAUUGCAUGCAUUGGAAGUGGAAAAAUUGUCCCGCAGCUUGGAAAUACGAUUCCAUCAUCAUGUGGAAAUAAGAAGAAAAAUUUUGUGAAAGUACAAGAAUCUGCAAGGAAAGAUGUCGAGCGUGCAUUCGGGGUACUUCAACAACGAUUUGCUAUCAUUCGUGGACCUUCCCGAAUGUUUAAAGUGAAGGAACUAACGAAUAUAAUGAAAACAUGUGUUAUUCUACAUAAUAUGAUAAUUGAAGACGAGCGUGAUGAUAGUGAGUGUUUGAACAUUGAAUAUGAUCAACUUGAUGAUAAUCUCCCCGAAUUGUCGCGCAAUCAUACAACUGAGCUUACAGACUUCAUCCAGCGUCAUCAUGAUAUUAGAGACAGCUCGGCACAUCAUCAGCUUCAAGAAGAUCUAAUUGAACAUCAAUGGCUUUUACAUUCACAACAUUAG